AUGUCCUCUAGUGUCGGGUUCCAGCCUCCUGCGGGGCGGCAUUAUGCUUACACUCCCUUUAAUAUCGGGUCACAACAUCCCAAGGUCAAACAUGAUGCUCGUAUGCCCUCUAGCGUCGGGUCCCAGCCUCUCGCUGGGUGGUAUAAACAUUGGACGCCGCCAAGUGUGGGAGCCAGCGGCAUGAUCAUAUUGUUACCUUCGAACCUGACAUAUCCUCAUGCAUUAAACACCACGUUUCCGCCAAGCAGUCAACUCUAUCCAUCUACCAACGCUUCUGCAGCCUCACCCCCGAGCACGUCAUCAUUCAGACCUCGUGCAUGCAUACUGGGGACGAAGAGGGGUCGAGACUGA